AUGAAUUCUAAUCGGCAAUGGAGAAGAAGAAGACAUGCAAAUGAAUGCAGAAUAUCUCACAUAAAUCAGGUUGAUGACAUCGAUACAAACCAAGACAGGAAAUCCGAUGUUUUAACUUUUGAUACACUGCGAUAUUAUGAGGGAAAGGAGUCGGUGUUUAUACUAUUUUCUUUAGGACAUGGGAGUAGUGGCUUGUAUGAACUAUUGAAUUUACCACGUCAAAAUGUGGACAUGGUGAAACUUACUGUAUCUGUCAUAGCCAAAGGAUGUACAUGUAAUACAGCCCCACAGAAUAAGAUCAACAUUCUAACUAAGUUAAUCAGUUCACCGUUUCUUACGAUAGGCGUUCCUGAUCUCCUGAUGAAAAUAUCAACUGAUACUGAUGAAGAUGGCGACGAAUCACAAAAAAUAUUUAAAAACGUUUGUGAGAUAGUUUUGGCUCUCAUCCUUAAUAUUCCUUCUGCGUGCGUCAACAUGAAUUUGUUAGGUCUUACUACUUUAAUUGAAGGAGUUAUGGACACUUUAAGAACUCGUACAGAAAUUGAUGAUGAGCUAAUGGAGAUAUAUCAAGAAAUUCAUGAUCUAAAGGACAAACGUUUAAUCAACAUUAAAAAUAGAGGAUUGUCAGAUGAACAUAGAGACUCCCCUGAAGAGCUUGCUCCUCCUGAUGACUUUCGUGACAUUUCUGUAUUACCAACAAUGGAAGACAUUGACCCCAGCACAAAACCAUUUUUAAGGAAAAACAAAGUAAAAGGAGGCUACGCCAGUUCAAGCGAUUAUCUAGAUGUACAAUUCAGAUUGUUAAGGGAAGAUUUUAUUCAACCUCUACGUAAUGGAAUAGAAGAAUACCAGAUAAUGGUUCGUGGAGAAAACAAUGGGCGACAUAGAUUUUCAGAUAUUCGUGUUUACACGGAUGUAUCUGUUGUCAGAUCGAUAUGCACUCGGACUGAUCUUUUGUAUCGGCUGCAAUUCGAUGUGUCAAAAAUGAAAAAGGUUAACUGGCAGAUCUCUAAACGUUUAAUAUUUGGUUCACUUGUUUGUCUUUCUUCUGAUGAGUUCAAAACUUUUUACAUUGCCACUGUUUGUGAUCGAGAUGCUAAAAAACUAGCCGAUGGUUAUAUUGAUGUCAAGUUUGAGCAUCAACUUAAUGAUAUUGAUGCUAUAACACCAGAUCAAAAGUUCGUCAUGGUUGAAACAACAGCAUAUUACGAGGCAUAUAAACAUGUUCUUAAAGGUCUUCAGGAUAUUAAACAUGUUCCCUUCGAGAGAUACAUUGUCCAAUGUAACUCGUCCGUUAAUCCCCCCAGAUAUCUACUAGACUGUCCAGCUCUUGAUUUAAGACCACUUGUUGAUGAAAAGGUUACAUUACGAGGAGAUCACGACAACCUACGACGACAAGGAAGGAAAAGAAAUUAUGAGUUCAGUGGCAAGUCUAAACCUGCUGAGAAGAUUAACUUGUUGAAUAUACAGAGCUGGCCUAACCAUGAGUUACUAAACGUGGAUGAAUCACAAUUCGCCGCCCUACAGACAGCUCUAACAAAAGAAUUCUCUGUAAUACAAGGACCACCUGGAACAGGAAAGACGUAUGUUGGUUUAAAAAUCGUGAAAGCUUUACUCCAUAAUUCCAGUGCAUGGAACUAUGAUGACGAGAUCAAACGACCAAUGUUAAUAGUUUGUUAUACUAAUCAUGCCUUAGAUCAGUUUUUUGAGGGAAUUAGUAAUUUUUACGAUGGGAAGAUAGUUAGAGUUGGUAGUCGUAUUAGCAGCAGGAAGAUCGAAAACUAUUCAAUUCAAAAACAAACAUUCGUAGGAAGGGAGCAAUUCAGUGAUUUGGAUAAAAUAAAGUUUGAGAACAAUAACGAAAUUUUAGAAUUAAAAAGUCAAAUUGAGAGUGCUGGAUGCAGAAUAGAGGAAGCCACUGGGGAAAUUCUAACAGAAAAUGUACUGGGCCCGCUAAUGUCUCCAGCUCACAGAGAGCAGCUAUCAUCGUCCUUCUACGAAAGAAGGCUAUUUGAAACAGACGAUCCUAUGCUUGAAUGGUUAGACAUCGCAGUAAAUGACUAUGAAACAGCACCGAAAGAUAGAUUUCAAGUAACGUCACACAAAAAAAGAAAUUUGAAGCAAAAUGUACGCAAGAAAAUAAAUUCAAGAUCCGAAUUGACCAAAGCAGAAGUUGAUAGAAUCGCGAAUAUUUGGAAAAUCGACAUCAAUAGCCGUUGGCGAUUGUAUCGAUACUGGGUGUCAGAGCAUUGUAAUAAACUCAGAGAAACGAUUUCAGAGCUGGGAGAAAGGUAUAAAACUAAAUGUGAAACAAUGAAAGAAGUUAAUCUUCGAAAAGAUAAAAUUAUAAUGACCGAGGCCACAGUUAUUGCCAUGACUACCACAGGUGCUGCUAAAUAUCACAGGAUUCUGCAAGAAGUUAAUCCAAGAAUUAUCGUGGUCGAAGAAGCCGCAAAAGUGUUAGAAGGUCACGUCAUAACAAGUUUAAAUGCUGGAUGUGAACAGUUAAUACUUAUUGGUGAUCAUAAACAAUUAAGACCAAAUCCUAACGUAUUUAAUCUUGCCGUCAAAUACAAUUUACAAAUAUCAUUAUUUGAAAGAAUGUUGAAAAAUGGGGUCCACUGUGAUUGCUUGGAAAUUCAGCAUAGAAUGAGAUCCGAAAUAUCAAAAUUGAUGAAACCAAUAUACCCUACCUUGAUGGACCACUUUUCUGUCAGAACAUUUGAUAACGUAAAGGGAUUGGCAAAAAAUAUUUUUUUCAUAGAUCACAAAUUUGAAGAGCAGCACAAUGAAGAGAUGAGAAGUCAUUCAAACUCCUACGAAGCAGAGUUUAUAUCUAAACUGACUGACUAUUUGCUGAAACAAGGCUACGACAAAAAACAAAUAACUGUCCUUACGGCAUAUUCUGGCCAAAUACAUCAAUUGAAGAAAGUAAUGCCAAAACACAGAUUUGAAGGUAUACGUAUAACACCAAUAGAUAAUUUCCAGGGCGAGGAAAAUGAUAUCAUAUUAUUGUCAUUGGUUCGAAGUAAUAUUAAAGAAAACAUAGGAUUUUUGAAGAUUGAGAACAGGGUUUGUGUAGCAUUAUCCAGAGCUCGGAAAGGAUUGUAUGUUAUUGGUAAUUUUGGAAUUUUGGCAUCUCAAAGUUCUCUAUGGAAGGAGAUAACAAUAAUCCUUAAGAUAUCCGGUGAAAUUACUACACCAGGAGACUUUGAUAUGGUCCCACAUGGUGGAUGUCAGAAACUAUGUUAUGCUCGACUUCAGUGUGGACAUUCCUGUAUCAUGACAUGCCAUCCUACAGAUCCAGACCAUAAAGAAUAUUCAUGUCCUAAACCAUGCACCAAAACUUGCAAAGAUGGUCAUCCCUGUGAGAAAAAAUGUUACCAAGAAUGCGGAGACUGUCAAAUUAAGGUUGAAAAGACAAUCCCUGUCUGUGGACAUACAAAAUGGGUCAAAUGUUCUGAAUCAAUCUUCAUCCGCAACUGCCAAGCUGUAGUUGCAAAGAAUUGGCCGUGUGGUCAUAUAGGAAAUAUUGUAUGCGAACAAUUUGAUUACUCUUUUUGUAGACAACCAUGUGGAUUAGUAUUAGAGUGUGGCCAUCCAUGUACAGGAACCUGUUCUGAUUGCUUUUCCGGAAGACUUCACAAACCCUGUGGACAAAGAUGUACCAAGAAUCUUAUAUGUGAUCACAAAUGUCAAUCUAAAUGUUCGUAUUGUCCACCAUGUGAGAAGGCAUGUGCAAACAGAUGUGAGCACAGUAAAUGCAAGAAAAAAUGUGGAGAAAUUUGUAUUACAUGUAAAGAACCAUGCGCCUGGAAAUGCCAGCAUUUUACUUGUGGUAAAAAAUGUUUUGAGCCAUGUGACCGACCACCAUGUAAUCAUCCUUGCUGCAAAAUAUUAAAAUGCGGUCAUGAAUGUAUUGGGCUUUGUGGAGAACCAUGUCCAAAUCUUUGCCGAAUCUGCCACAAGGAUAAAGUUACUGAGAUAUUUUUCGGCACAGAAGAUGAAGCGGAUGCUAGAUUUGUACAGCUCAAAGACUGUGGUCACGUUAUUGAAUAUGAAAGUCUCGAUAACUGGAUGAAAGAAGGUACAUCUUCCUCAGAAACAAUAUCAAUUCAGAUGAAAACUUGUCCUAAAUGUAAGACUCCAAUCAGAAAAUGUGUUCGAUAUGGUUCCAUAAUAAAUCGUGUUUUGCAAAGCGUUGACCAAGUAAAACAGACCUACAUUGGAAAUAAGACAGCCAUUGAAAAGCUGAGAAGAGAAUUACAACUAAGGGCUUUGAGGAAACUAGGAACGUCAGCAGUGUCAAGUCCUUGGCUGAAAUUGGUACGGAUCAUUCCUGUAGCAUCAACUGAAAACCAUCUACUGGCAAUUCAAAAUCAACAAGAAGUUCUGAUCAAAAUAGAUAAACUCCUUGUUAAACUUAAAAAAGUUGCAGAAAAUCACCAACCCUUGUCUGCAUCUAAAUAUAAAGAAUAUGAUGUUCUUAAUAAAGAAUUUAAGAAGUUUGUUGAAUGGUUAAGUCUUGACAGGAUGGUGUUUAGUAACCAGGAACUGAAUGAUGCUCAGGCAGAAAUGAAACGAUUGUUCUUAUAUCUGAAAUUUUUUAACCUGAUUGUCACAGUUGAGAAAAGAAACAUUGAUCUUGGUAUACUACAAAAGGAUAUAAAACAAUGUUAUACGUUAUUCUCAGAUGGCAAUCCGUUAACUGGAAGAGAUCUACAGACAAUUGAUAAAACAAAUGAAACAUUAAAGAAAAUGAAAAAGAUAGUACACAGCAAUGGUUGUUAA